AUGAACGCUGUAAAUGCCUGUGAAGUCAUUUCGUGGACCGAACAAGCAGCAAAAACGAUCAAACCUGUCUUUCAUAUUUGUAUAGUCGGAACGAUCGUUCAUAUUCUGUUUUGGAUUCAAAUAUUUGUAUAUCCAGCAGUUCCUCGAUGGUCAGUACAAUGGUUAUGGGCUUAUCUAACUACGGAUUUACUUUUAUUAGUUCGAUUCUUUUUGCUCUACGUUUAUCGAUGGUGGCCAAUAUGUGUACCACAUAUUUUUCAUACAAUCAUCUGCUAUUGUGAAGCUAUUUCUGACAAUUAUCUCAAUCUUUUACAGAGCUAUAUUCUUUUGGCAUUGAAUAUCUGUCGAUACUUUCAGAUUGUUCAUAGUCACAAUGUGUACUCUUCAAAUCGUCAUGCGAUUAUUAUUGUUCAUUUAGUUAUCUAUAUUCUACCUUUAUUCUGUCAUAUAAUGGCAAUUAAAUUUGGUUGGACAGUUCUUCAAAAUCCACCAGGUGAUGCAUGUGAUUUAUUGGGUAUUUCAUUUAUGAUUAGAAUCGUAUUUCUUCUCCUAUCCUAUUUCAUACCAGUUAUACUAACAUUAGUCUUUGUUUUACUGAGCCUUAAUUAUGUUCGCAAUACAGAUGGUAUUAAAACACAACAGCUCGUUGAUGCAAGACACAAAUAUCAUCGCCAAAUAGUUUUCCAAUCAACUGUAUUUUAUUCAUUGUGGAUUCUUUUAUGGUCGCCACAUAUUCUUAUAUUUCCAUUCUACUACAAGAGUAGUGCCAUUGGUAUUAUUGCGCAAAAAUUGAAUUAUAUAAAUAUAAUUCUUGAUCCGAUAGUGAUAGCGGCUCUUGAUGUACGAUUUUUUCACCGAUGGAGAUUGACAGUAGAUCAUAUACAGAGAUACAUAAGACGUCAUCAAUCGAUGCAAAUUCCGGUAAUAUUAUCGACAAAUUCUUCUGAUCGAGCGACUGAAACCAAUGAAGACAAUAAAUAA